GGCCGGCAGGCCGUGCACACCCCGCAGGCGCCGCGGAGCAGCGAGGUCCCAGGCGGCAGCGCUCGGCGCCGUGCUCGCCCCGGCCAGGCCAUGAAGGUCGAGUUUGCGCCGCUCAACAUCCCUCUGGCGCGGCGGCUGCAGACGGCGGCGGUGCUGCAGUGGGUGCUGUCCUUCCUGCUGCUCGCACAGGUGUUCCUUGGAGUCAUUGUGUUCCUGAUCAUAUACAACUACUGGUUCCUCUACAUCCCUUACUUGACAUGGCUUUACUUUGACUGGCAAACUCCAGAGCAAGGAGGCAGGAGAUCUGACUGGGUCAGAAGCUGGUCCGUUUGGAGAUACUUUAAGGACUAUUUUCCAAUUCAUCUCAUCAAAACUUGGGAUUUGGACCCAAGUCACAACUACAUAUUUGGGUUUCACCCCCAUGGAGUGCUUGUUACUGGAGCCUUUGGAAACUUUUGUACAAAUUAUUCAAACUUCAAGGAGCUGUUUCCCGGCCUCACUGCGUAUCUUCAUGUGCUUCCAUUUUGGUUCCGGUGUCCGCUCUUCCGAGAAUAUCUGAUGAGUAGUGGAAUAGUCUCAGUUUCCAAGAAAAGUGUGUCUCACGUGCUAAGUAAGGAAGGAGGUGGAAACAUCUCAGUCAUUGUGCUUGGGGGUGCAGAGGAAUCACUGGACGCCCAUCCUGGAAAGUUCACUCUGUUCAUCCGCCAGCGGAAGGGAUUUGUGAAAAUUGCUUUGACUCAUGGUGCUUAUUUGGUGCCAGUGUUUUCUUUUGGUGAAAAUGAACUAUUUAAACAAGUUAGCAACCCUGAAGGCUCAUGGCUUCGAACUGUGCAGGAGAAACUACAGAAGAUCGUGGGAUUUACUUUGCCCCUGUUCCAUGCCAGAGGAGUUUUUCAAUACAAUUUUGGCCUAAUGCCCUAUAGGAAACCCAUCCACACUGUUGUUGGCCGCCCAAUCCCUGUUCAUCCGACCCUGUACCCAACCCCAGCGCAGGUUGAGGAGUUGCAUCAGACCUACAUGGAGGAGCUAAGGAAAUUAUUUGAGGAGCACAAAGGGAAGUAUGGUAUUCCAGAAAAUGAAACUCUCGUUUUUAGAUAACCAUCCUCUUAGAAGGCGCGCGAGAGGGCGAGAGAACAUCCCAUGGACAGAACAAAUCUUUUAAAUAAAUUAAAUUUUUUCUUUGACGAUGGAAUUACAUUUGCAACGGAAAAGUAUUAUGUAUAGUGACAGAUGUUGAUGUUUAUCUAUGGGUGACUAUAGGGUAAAGGUUGGAGGUAAUUAGGAGCCUUUCAAGAGUCUUCCUCAUUUAAGAAGGUAAAAAUCGUCGUGCAAGUUAAGGUUUAGAAUUAUUCAUGUGCUUAAAAAAAAUGGCAGCUUCAAAAAAAUAAUUUGACCCUUUUACUAAAUAUCACAAGAAUUUAAUGUGGCGUUUUCACUGAAUAUGACAGCUGUUGUUCAGCACAGCUGGAACAUUUAUGAGACAGUGUGUAAAAUAAUUUGCCAUGUAGAGCUAAAGGAGAUCAUUUCUUUUUUUUUUUCUGCUUGAACAGGCCAUUUGUUAGUGAAUAAUGUUACUUUUAAGACUUAGAUAACUUGAUCCUUUAUGUCAUUUUGGAAAUAGGAUGAAUCUACCAUAUGGAAACCCAUGUGGAUGAGACCAUGUCUUCUCUUUUCUAAUUAUGCUUAGAAAUAGUCACCAUCGUCAUUUGCUUAGAAACAUGUUCAUUUGCUACAGAUAAGGAGGUCUUUUGGAAGACAUGCUUUUGAUGGGUUUUAAGACACUAAGAUUCCAAAAAGUUUUCACGGUAACAGAAGGGGUUUUAAUUUUCUUCCCAUAUGGCCUCUUUGAGUAAGAUGAGCUCUGAGAGACAGUGCCCUCUCUGGUGAGAUGUGACCAGUUCACCAUUGACUCAGGUUAUGUGAUUCUUCCUAAAGGAGACCGUCAGGUCUGAGAGAGGGGAAGCCUUGUCCUUCCUGUUCAUGGGUGUCUCUCUAGGGCCUGGGUCAGCUCAUGACACUUAGUAGGCAUGAAAUGAGUACUUGUUGAAUGGAUGUAUUUCUAGAUACACACACAAACUUUGCCAUAAGGUGAAGAAUGUUUAGAGCUGUACCAGAGGAUAAGAAAAGGCACACUUUUAGAAGGGGAUAAUUUGUGUCUGAUUGUCCCACGCCAGUCAUUGACAGUGCUGCAGGCUGGUUUGUAAGGAGCAAGUCAGAAGGGGGUUUCUGAGAAUUAGUCACUAAGGGUUAAGUAAUUAUUCAGUAAGUAAGAAGAAUAUCUAGGUUCCCGUUGGUCUCCACUGCUGCGUGUCUUUCUAUACCUCCUCCACUCUCAGUAUUUGGGGGCAACUUUAUUGAGUUGUUCUAACUUAUUGUUAAUAUGUGUUAACACCCCUAAUUUUUAAAACAUCAAGACCAGGGCUGGAGCCUGGAUUGGGUUUAGCCACAGCAAAACACAAUCAUGGUAGAUAAUGCCAUGAGUAGAAAAGCAUUUCAGGGACUUCCCUAGUGGUGCAGUGGUUGGGAAUCUACCUGCCAAUUCAGGGGACACGGGUUCGAGCCCUGGUCUGGGAAGAUCCCACAUGCUGCGGAGCAACUAAGCCUGUGCACCUCAACGACUGAGCUUGCACUCUAGAGCCUGUGAGCCACAACUACUGAGCCCACACACCACAACUACUGAAGCCUGUGUGCAUAGACCCUGUGCUUCGCAACAAGAGAAGCCACCACAAUGAGAAGCCCAUGCACUGUAAUGAAGAGUAGCCCCCACUCUCCACAACUAGAGAAAGCCCACACACAGCAACGAAGACCUAAUGCAGCCAAUAAAUAAAUAUAUCUUUAAAAAAAAAAGGAAGAAAAAAAAAAGAAAAGCAUCUCACACACACAAAAAGGGAACCUUCUCAAUUGUUCCAUAGAAGACUUUUAGGCCAACAUCACUUUGGCUUCAUGUGGCUACCAGUCCAAGAAUCCACUGACCCAUGACCUUAAAAUUCGAUCAGUUUUUUGUGUCAAAGCAGGGAAUAGGACACAUCCUAUCUCAUUCUCUCUCUCUCUGUGUUUUUAUUUGGCCACAUCUCGUGGCUUACAGGAUCUUAGUUCCGCAACCAGGGAUUGAAUCUAGGCCCUGACAGUGAAAGUGCUGCGUCCUACCCACUGGACCACCAGGGAAUUCCCAGGACACAUCCUAUUUUAAUAGAUAUGGAUAAUUUAACUAUAAAUCCUUUUUGGUAUCACUCAAUAUCAAACAAAUGUAAAAAGAGCACCGUUUACAUAAAACUACACCCUAGCUGGUCAGGGGUGAGUCUUUCUGAGCAAAGCUGUGAGGCCCAAAUAACCACAACAACUAAAGGCCUUUAAGUAUUGUAAAACCCAUGAACUUCAUUCCUUUGGAGAAGUUUAUGAAAAUCUCAUAGCACAGUCUUUUGCGAUUUCACAAGGUAUGACUUUUAAUCUCACACUCAGUAGUGAGGGGGCCAA